UGAUCUGCCGCAUACCAAAAAACGUGUCCGUUGCACAUUUUCAAAAAGCCGUCUUGGAAAAUCACAAGCGUUUCAGGUUUCCUGUUUCCAACUCCAUUGUCGAAUUCAAUCAAAAUUCGAAGCAAAAAACGCAUGCGCAGCUAUCAACACAUCGCAAUGUUGUCGCCACAACCAGCACGCGCAAUGAAGGCAACAACAACAGCAAAGACAACCACUUCAUUAGCCACAUUUAUACUUCUGAUGCUACUCUCAUUAACCAUCACCAACGCGCAGACGCAAGCGCCUACACAAAACCGAAACGUAGAGAUAACCGGCAAACCCGCCAUCUACAAGCCCGCUGUCAUACGCACAGAACUACGCUUCGGACGUAAUCUGGAUCCGGAGAAGGUGCGCGUCGUCAAUGUGAAAUCGAACACUGGCGAUAACGUGGAAAUUCUGGUGGGCAAAGAUUCGAGACGCGGACGACUUGCUGAUGCGACAGGUAGCUUCUUUGUGCGCAGUGCCGAUGUACGCAAACCAACGCCACGCCCGCAGAAUGCCAAACCCGCCGUUUUUAGUUUCCAACAUACGCCAGCGUUGUUGAAACAAGUCGAACUGGCGCGCCAGAGCCGGGAUUAUCAAGAGCGCAAGGCCGAAGCUGAAGCGCGACAAGUGCUAAAGAUACAAAAUGCCUUGCGUCAGGCUGACAGUAUGUCAGAUGCCAGCGACAGGGCGCAAUAUGCACGUGGUCUACAAUUUCGCGACUCUAACGAACCGCGACAGCAGAGAGGUGCGCAACAGCGCGCCACCGACGAGCUCAGAUUUGUUUCGCCUGACGUGCAAAAGUUUGGCGGCCCAGUCAACUAUAUACCCAUUGCGCAGAGUACAAAUACCAACAACAAAAGCUUCUCAUUUCCGUACGCAGCCGCUGCCCCACACAGCCAAUCCAUCGAUCGCUCCUGGCAACCGUUAGAGUCCGUGAGCGCGCCACAUACACGCAAUAUGCGUCAAGCACCCGACCUAUAUAACAACAAUGCUGGCACAUAUCACCUCGGUAAUGGCUACAGUUUCCGUCCCAUCUUCAAUGCGGCGCUACGCUCGGUUGCCGAGUAUUAUACAAAUGCCGCCAGUAAUCAGGGUAGUGCAAGACGCGCCACACGCCCCAAAAAUAUCAUCACCAAGGAUGACUAUGUGACUGCGAGCAAGAAGAAGACCACCUAUGUACCCGCAGCGGUAGUGUUGACCUCAUCCACAUCCGUCAUGCCAGCCAAUAGUAAUACUUACACUAAACCGAACACAAAUUUCGAUAACAACAGUUACAAUAGCCAAUACAAUAGCAAUAAAGUAAGCAAUCAAUAUGCGAACACUUACAAAAACGCACCUUCCACAAAGCAUCCUAAAGUGCCCAAAUUGAGAGACUCACCAACGAAUCAGUAUGCAGCGGCUUCAGCGCCCACCUCGACGAUCGUUGACGGUCCAGCGGUAACGGUGAUUGAAGGUGUACGUGUGCCCGAUGCGCCCGAGGACAAAGUUAGGACCUGGCGUAAUGCGCGUGUGCUGAACAACAAGCUCGUACCUUACCCAGAUGGUUAUACGCCGCCCAAAGUGCAGAUCCAGCAUUUCGAUAGAUGAGUGAAUGAUCUCACGUGACCACUGCAUAACUAUAGUAAUUUAACUGCCAAAAAUUAAAAUGAUUUCUUAUUAUUUCAAUUACUUCACGAACACACUUUAACUUUGGCAUAGCUGAGCGAAGAAAGAGAGAGUGAGAGAGAGGAAGUUGUAAGCGUUUCAACCAGCGGCUUAAUUGAGUCAAUUAUCGUGUGGUUAAACCAUUAAUGUAAAUUUAAUGUAACAUUAAUACUUGCAGCAAUAAACAGUUAAUUGACUCCAUUAAGCGCCUGCUUGUAAUGCCUGAAAGAA